CUUACAUGCGCUUGAAUCUCUCGCGUGAUCGAUGCGUAUUACAUGUACCUCUUGACUGUGCCAAGCACGCGGGAAUCCUCAGCUGAGGAGUGACGCCGACAACACGUUUCAAACACAGUGCGCAAUAAAACCCGCCGGCAGUUGCAGCGACAACCUGGAAAUCAAAGGAGACGAACAGCAUCACCACCACCACAUCACCACCACCACCACCUCCACCACCUCCACCACCACAUCGCCGGCACUGCCUACGGCCACAGCGCAUCGUCUCUGGGUUCGCAGCCGAAGUGCUUCAACGGGCCUCGAGCUGGCUACCAACAAGCUCAACAGCUCGUUAGACACAUGCUGCCCCUACAUGUCAAGUCGGAUCAUCACGAAAAGAUGAACCGGCAGCCUUUCAGCAAUGGUGUGCCCAAGGGGUCCGGCGCAUACCCGAUAGGCGGCAGCGGGAGAAGAGGCAGCAGCGCAUUUAAUAUUCGACCUGACAAAUAUGAGAAAUAUCAGCCUCGAUCAGCGCGAGGGAGGCGGCGUGGGGCGGCGAUGCGGGUCGGGGGGGUCUUCACAGCUGUCCUCAUCGUCCUGAUGUUCUUCUUCCCAUCUCUGCGACCUGCUGGCCUACUUGGUGGGCUCGGACUGGCGGCGUGGAGAGGCGGCGAAGAGUUCAAUAUUGAGACGGUGCGAUAUUACGACUUGGCCAAUGUCGGGGGAACAUCAAGGGGGUGGGAACGAGAGGAGCGGAUUCUUCUGUGCGCACCUCUCCGAGAUGCAGCACCGCAUAUGCCGAUGUUCUUCUCACACCUCCGGAAUCUGACAUAUCCACACCACCUCAUUGACCUGGCAUUUCUGGUAGGAGAUAGCAAGGAUAGUACUCUUACCAUCCUUUCAGACAUGCUAGCAGAGCUCCAGGCGAGCGAGGAGCCCAAAAUGGCAUUUGGCGAGAUUUCGGUCAUUGAGAAGGAUUUCGGGCAAAAAGUGAACCAGGAUGUGGAGAGUCGACAUGGAUUCGCUGCGCAAGCAAGUCGGAGAAAAAGCAUGGCGCAAGCACGCAACUGGCUUCUUUCAGCUGCUUUGCGGCCUACCCACAGCUGGGUCUACUGGAGGGAUGUGGAUGUCGAGACGGCACCUUUCACCAUUCUGGAGGAUCUAAUGAGACACAACAAAGAUGUCAUUGUGCCGAAUGUAUGGAGACCUCUGCCAGACUGGCUGGGAGGAGAGCAGCCAUAUGACUUGAAUAGUUGGCAGGAGUCCGAGACCGCACUGGCACUUGCAGACACGCUGGACGAGGACGCGGUCAUCGUGGAAGGUUACGCGGAGUACGCGACCUGGAGACCGCACUUGGCUUACCUUCGCGAUCCCUACGGCGACCCAGAUAUGGAAAUGGAAAUCGACGGCGUUGGUGGUGUGUCGAUCCUGGCCAAGGCCAAGGUAUUCAGGAGUGGUGUUCACUUCCCAGCAUUCUCCUUCGAGAAGCAUGCGGAGACUGAGGGAUUUGGCAAGAUGGCCAAGCGCAUGAAGUUCUCUGUGGUUGGACUACCACAUUACACCAUCUGGCAUCUAUACGAGCCUUCCGUCGACGAUAUCCGGCAUAUGGAGGAAAUGGAGCAAGAGCGAAAGCAGCGAGAACAGGAGGAGAAGGAGAAGCAAGAUCGCCUAGACCUGAUACAGAGCCAAUUUGAAGAGGGCUCAUCGCAAUGGGACAAGGACAAAGAAGCUAUCCGCGAUGCCACGAAACAGGACGCCGCAGAGCGACAAGCCGAUAAUGACGCCACAAAGCAGGCCGAGGCAGAAUCGUAAGUCCCGAUUUGGAUGACGAUCAAGGCUGCUGGAGCACGGCGAGGAAGUUUACUUUGUAGCAUUCGUGGGCAAGCAGGAGAGACCUGCCCGCUGACAAUUUCCCGCUGCCACAGAAGCACAGAGUCAGAUCAGCCAAACGAGCAGAUGCAUGAAGUCGAAGGCGGAAAAGUAAGGAUCAAAGAUCCACUUGAACAAUUACCAGAGGUAAAGCAGCCACAUCCCGUUUCUCCUCCUCUUCCACAACAAGCCGAUGGCCAGCCGGCAAAGCACCCCGAUGAGGCCUGACUGGGAAAGACGCACCAAAUCAUUGAAUCAAGAAGGACGCUCGGAAUGCUUCUGGAAUACACAGACCCUGCUGUUGUUGCGCAAACUGAGCGCAACCGCCGGGGCUAUCCAACUUGAACAAGGCGAGCGACCAGCAUGCCUGAAGUCGAUGACUGAAAUAUGACCACCGAGAAGAGGCUGUUGUCGCUCUUGCUGCUACAGCGCAAUGCAAACUCGGCACACUCGAUCCCAUUCACGACUUUUCGCACUGUUCUGCAUCGAGCAGCGAGAGCAUGCAUCUGCUUUGAUCUUUACAUCAGUUAUCCACACAUCUGCCUGCUUUCCUCGUUUGGUUUUCUCUGUGCUGUUCUCCCCACUCAGAUGUGGAUCCAGCACUUGUACCUCUAUUUGUUUAAUCGUUAGCUGUUUAAACCAAAAAGCAUUCGUGUUCUGACUUGUUGCUUUUGUGCCUCUGGCUGCAGGGAAGCGAUGCACUUGCGAUGCCGAAGUUAUCGCCCAAACGUGCUAGCGAGGAACAAAGGCGGAAAUGGCAGGAGCAGAAGGAUAAUGAGAACAAGGCUAAGAGCCACAAGAAGACGAAGAAGACGAAGAAGAAGACGAAGACUAAACCUUCUCAGGAGAAGGAAAAUUAGGUUGAAGAGAGGAUGUAGCUCGUGGGAGACAAGGACGAGAAUGAAAGACAGGAGGGAGAUCCGCACACAUCCGAACAAGAAGACGAUGCUGUGCUCGCCGCAGCAGGAAUGAAACAGAACUCAGGGGGGGCAAGUGUGUAGAGAAUUUCAGGAUGCUUUCACAACAAUGGCCAAAUUACAUGUAGCCAGGCGUCGUUGUUGUUGUGGUGCAGCGAACCUUGUGUCAGAAGGAUGGGAACAGCUAUCAAUGGGCCUGCGAACUGCACUUUAUUCACUCAAUGCGAGGGAAGCUUUCCCUUGCAUGAGAGAUGAUGCACCCUCGUAUUGCAUGGCAUAUUCAUAUCAACUCUUUCGGCUUGUGGAGGGGUUGGCGUUGGGCAGGUGGAUUGGAAGUAGAAGAAGAGCGAAGAGCGAAGGUUUCUGCACUGGCCUUUUGAGGCAUUGGACUGGGUGGCAUGUGCAUAGAAAGAUUACUGAUCAGUGGUCCAAGCAGGCACCACCUAUAUGGCAUCAUCAUCAUCAAAUAGCAUACAUGGAAAACACCACCCUGGUCUGGUCGCUUUCUCGGGGAAUACCUUACUCUUAAGAUCCUGAUACUCCCCUGAUAAGAUCCUCCCUGAAGGGCCUGAACAGUCUUUGGGGGUCUGGAAGCACUUUCUAGGACAGCGUCGAACAGUCGCACCAAGGUAUCGAUCAUCGUUGUACUCGACGUGCCUGGUCAUAGAGCCCACGAUGCCAUCCAUCUCCCUGGUUGGGCAUUCCUCGUGUAAGAGAGUACAUGGACAGUUCCCAACAAGUCAUCGUGGUGAUGUUGACUUGGGUGGUGGUGGUGGUGGUGGUAUUGUUGUUGUUGUUGCCAGC